AUGUCCGAAAAGCUCCAAGUAGCAGUCGCAGGCAUCGGCCGCAUGGGCAUGCGUCACGCCCGCCACUUCGCAACCCUCACACCACGCGCCGAACUCAUCGCCGUGACCUCACCAGUGCAAGCCGAACUAGACGCCGCAAAGAAAGAAUUCGGCUGCCGCACAUACCUCUCCUUCGACGACAUGCUAGCCCAAGAAAAGACCCUGCAAGCCAUUGUCGUUGCAUCCGCCACGACCGUCCACGCCGAGCAAGCCAUCAAAGCCAUCGAAGCAGGCAAGCACGUUCUCUGCGAGAAGCCCUUAAGCACCAGUCCCGAGGUGUCCCAGUCAGUCGUCGACGCCUACAGGAAAUCCCAAAAGAAGAACCCCGACCAGAAAGUAAUCUGCGGCUUCUCGCGCCGCUUCGACGCCUCAUACCGCGACGCUUACAAGCGCAUGGCCAACGGCGACAUCGGCACGCCGUCCGUCUUCCGCUCGCAGACCUGCGACAAGCUCGAUCCGAGCGGCUUUUUCGUCGCUUAUGCUGAGUUCUCGGGGGGCAUUUUUGUCGACUGCUCGAUUCACGAUAUCGAUCUUGCGCUUUGGUUCUUUGGCGAGGACAGUCGCGUCAAGUCGGUUACGGCUGUUGGCAUUACGGCUGUGCAACCUGAUCUGAGGAAGCAUAAUGAUCGCGAUAAUGCUGUUGGAAUUAUUGAGUUUUAUGGCGGGAAAAUCGCUCAACUAUACUGCUCGCGCAUGAUGGCAGCCGGCCAAAUGGACUGCACGGAAGUGUUUGGCACAAACGGUCAAAUCGCCGUCAACACCCAGCCGCAAUCGAACCUGGUGAAUUUGUUCGAGUCGACGGGCGUGCGUCGUGAGAUCCCGCCUGACUACUAUGGCCGAUUCCGCGAGGCGUUUGUUACGGAGGCGAAUGAGUUUACAGCUGCUUGUCUUGAUAACUUGCCGGCGCCUAUGUCCCUUGAAGGGGCUGUUGCUGCUGUGCGGAUUGGGUGUGCGUUGCAGGAAAGUUUGAUUUCUGGGAAGAAGAUUGAGUUUGAUGAGAGUGGGGAGAGGGUUGAGGUUUCUAAGCUUUAG